UUGAGAUAAUACACCCAGACCUGGAUCUGGUGGACAAGAUCACAAGACGAGCGAGGGGCACAAGAACCUCUGUCUCUGUUCGCUCUAUACCUAUUGUAUUUGGUGUUUGUUUUUAUAUUAAGUACCUACAUAGCUUGUAGGGCGUAUUGUUGAUGAAGCUGAGAAUAAUUUAUACUAUUUCAGUAUAGACGGAGUUAUUCAGUCUUACUAAUAAUUUAUUAAGAUAUCUGGUGACAAUAUUUUUCUACAAAACAUUCAAAAUCAUUCCCAUAUAAGUGUUGUUAUUGGCUCUGCUUCAUAAUGGAUUUUAAAAUGCAUGAAUACACACAUGCAAUAGUUGGGAAAGUAACACCAGUUCUCCGCUUGACUGAUAGAGCAGAUUUGAAUGAUGCUAGACGCCAACAUGAUUGUUAUUUGAGACUCUUAAGGGAAUUAAACAUAGAGGUUGUAGAGGUGGAAAUCCCGGGUACUUUCCCUGAAAAUGUCUUUUUGGAAGAUGUAGCUAUUGUUUGUCAUGGAAUAGCAUUGUUACCAAAACCGAACAAUACAGCAGAAGAACUUAAGACAAAAGCAAUAAAGGAAAUUCUUCGGAAAGAUCUGGGCCAGACAAUAAUUGAAGUGACAGAUCCAGAUGCGAAAAUUGUUGGUUCUGAUGUUUUAUUCACUGGUCGUGAAUUCUUCGUGGGAAUAUCAGAGACGAGCAACGAGGCUGGCGCUAGUGCCGUGGCUGAGGCAUUCCCAGAAUUCCCAUGCACACCUAUUAAGAUAUCAAAAGGGGCACACAACUUGAAAAAGUACAUCACUGUGGCAGGCCCCGAUAUACUCUGUGUUGGUGCAAGCAAGGAAGCUAAAGAACUGCUUAAACGAAUGGAGAGAGAAGCUACUUUCUCAUACCAGACCCUUUCUAUGACCGAGGACGAUGCUGCAAACUGCCUUUACGUUAAUGGGACUCUCGUACACAGGGCUAUUGAGGAAAUACCUGAAUCUUUUAAGGUCUUCUGUGAGAGGAUAGAUUUUGCAAGAAGAUCGAUUUGUUUCUCCGAAUUAGCGAAGAUCUCCAAUGGGCUCAGUUCGUGCUGUCUGCUGGUGAGGAAAUCCUAAACAGAAUGAAUCUCCAUUUAGUCAAACUCUUUAACUGUGUGUUCAAGAGCAUCAAAAUGUUUUAAUCUGCGUUUGACCUUUUUGAUUCUGAGAAAUAAGCAAGUGCUCGGUACGUAAGUUGAACUACAUAUUACCUGCAUUUGGUUCACUGAAAUAAGUAAGUGUCCGGCACGAAAGUUGAACCAAGGUUUAGUGUGAGUUGCACCAUUCAUCAAAAGCUUUCAAAUUCGCUCUUUAAUGAAGUUUGAGUUGUGUACUACAACUCAAACUUUGCACCAUUAAAAUUUUUCAUUAUGGCGACAAAUUUGAUAUAAAUUAUAACCAAACUAUAAACGAUAUUCAUACUAAAUAAAUUUUUGUCAUGUAGGGUGUGCGUAGAACGCCGCGAUUCUGGUUCAACUUAUGUGCCACACAUUGUAGAUUCUCAACCGAUUCUAUUUUACAAAACUACAAGAGUGUUUUAUUGAUACAAGAUGAUAAUGAAGACUCAACUCACUGGUCCACAUUUAUAUUUCAAAAAUCAGUAAAUCAGUUGCAUUUUUGAUAAUUGCUAGAAGGCUGGUUCCAUAAUCAAGUAUAGCGGCUUGGACGAAAAGGCAAAAUAGCUUAACAUACACAUCACUAUAGUCCGUUUGUUUAGGUGUUUUAUUAAGGUUAACAAUUUUACAAUGUAAUUUAUCCAUACUAAUAUUAUAAAGCUGAAGAGUUUGUUUGUUUGUUUGAACGCGCUAAUCUCAGAAACUAUUGGUUUGAAUUGAAAAAUUCUUUUUGCGUUGAAUAGACCAUUUAUCGAGGAAGGCUUUAGGCUAUAUAACAUCACGCUGCAACUAUAAGAAACGAAGAAAUAAUGGAAAAUGUGAAAAAAAAAACGGAGAAAAUUAUUCAUCCUUGAGGGCUUCAAUGAUGCCCAAAAUAACUAUUCCACGCAGACGAAGUCGCGGGCACAGCUAGUAAAAAAAAUCAAGCUCUAAAGUAUAAUAAACAUCCAUAUCAAAUGUUGCUUGUUUUUCUUUUUUCUGAGGACUACAAUAUGUUAAAACUUAUUUUGAACAAAAAGACGUGUCAAAAUCCUUAUGUAGGUACCUACCUAAAGAAAUUUAUUAUGUAUGGCCCUGAAACACCUGAUUAUGGAAUUAUCUACAUUGACUAGAUUUCUAGUUACUCUCUUAGCUCUUUUAAUGCAAAAGCAACAAAUUUUGUUGUAGACACAAUUAUAAAUAAUUAAUGACCGUAAUAUACCCCAAUAGCAGAAAUAACAACUAAAAAGUAUAAAUUUUGCCUUAAAAUCGAACUAAAAGCAUCCAGGUAUGCUAAAUCGUGUAAAAAUUAAUUGUUGUAUGCAGCUUUAUUGCGUUUCUCAAUUGUAAGAUUGUGAAAAUAAUGCAAUGCAAACCAAUACUUAUAUUUUCGGUGGUAGCUUUAGUUGGUAGCAUAUGAUCCUACAGUCUUCCCUUCUUUCUAACUAAAUAAAAAAAGGUAUUAGUAAAAAAAAUAUUUUAUUAAAUAUUACAACAAAUAAUCCUACACAACCUGAAGCUUGAUAGGACUUUGACUUGCUGCUUGGCUGAUGAAUAUAUGCUAUAUGAGGCCGUCGAGUCUUGUGCGACAAUUGACUCUGUCUACCGUGAAAAGUAUAUGUAAUUGAAUAAUGUAAACUGACAAAGUUUAAACGAGCCGCGAAGAUUAUUUUCGGCUAAAGUGCAACAAAUCGAAAUAACGCACAAAGCCAAAUUUCUAUCCGUGAUAUACCUCAUUCCCUGUUCUGAAGACUGAUGACUCCUUUCUACAUAAUAUGAGUUAAGUGUAUUGCAAAGACAAAUAAAGUAAAUUAGGACAAAUCCUGUAAAAGUAUUUCUUCCUUAAUUCUCUAUUAUAUAAAUUAAAAUCCUUGUUUCGUAGUACAAAUCCUUACAAAAAUAGAUAUAAGUUCCAUUUAUAAAAUUGCUUUGAAACAACUUUAAUCAAGAAAUAAGUGCAAGACAUAAUAUUGUAUGACAUAAAAAAUAAUUGUCAAUUUCUCCAACGAAGACGUUUUGUGCUUUUUUUUAUUAAGUAACAGUGGUUUUACCCACGUAUAUUCUUGUGUAUGUCUUUUUGUUCACCAAAACAAUUAUGUUGAAUUGUAUUAUUAAUGAUUUUACAGACUUUGCUCAGAUUUGAAAUCAAAAACUAGGGCUACUGUAAUUCUACUUACAUUUUUACUAUUUUGUCCAAUGUACAAUGUACCUUCCUUAAUUUAAGCAUUCCCCUUAGUAUUACAGUAUUUAUUUAGUAUUUUAUUUGAAUGUGCAUUUAUCUUAAAUCGUAAGUGGUUGUUUUGUCUGUUUUACAUGUGGUAUUUUAAUAGAAUUCAAAUGAAUAAUCUCGAUGUGUAAGAUUUUAUUCUGUACGCAUAAUGAUUUGAUUUUUACUAUCGAAUGGUACCAAUGACUUGUAUUAUAAUUGUGCAAAUAUUUUACAUAAAUUCAAUAUUGUAUUGAAUAAUUAUAAGUAAAUAUUCAGCACAUUUUAAUUUGUUAUUUAUUAAAGAAUUCUAAAUAUGGUGUUGUGAAGUAUUAUUAAUAUAUUUGAAGUAAUUUAUAAUAAUAAUAAUAUUUGUUGUCUGUAUUGACUAAAAGAUAUUCACAUAAUUUUAUUUGUGUAAUUCCUUUACGUAUUCGUUUUUUUAAAUAUUAUUAUGUACUAAGUAUUUAUUUAAACAUAUUAAAGCACAAAAUAUAGAACCUAGUUCUCGAAAGUAUUAUUGUAGUUUGCAUAAUAUUGUAGCGAUAGAUCCAAAGCUUACUUAAUAGAAGGUGAAGCGCAGUCAGAGUAAGAGAAUAGGGAAAUGGAUAUAGGGUGAAAUAAAAGAUUUAAAUUAAUAUUCAAGCGUAUAGCAACAAACGGGCCUAGAAAUACAAUAAGAUUGACACUUGUCAAAACUGUCAUUUUUUUCAUUUUACUUGUCCGCCGAAUUUAUGGCAGGACGAAAGAGUUCCGCGUAUGAGGUGAUAUAGGUUGUCCGUUUAUUACUAAAAUAUAAUUUUAUUUAUUAUUUGAUGUACAUAUUUACAAUUAAAACUAUUAAAAUUAAUAAAUUGUAAAAAUCCCUACAUCAGCCCCCCCUUGAGACCGUCAAGGGCGAUAAUAGUCGGGGAAUCUUACCUUACGACCUGAUUUAGUUUUAGUAUUUACUUCUCGAUCAGGUGGGUUCUGAUUCUCUGACUGUGGUACAUGACGUGUAUCGGUGUCGUGUUUGUCAUGCUUUUGUGAAGUAUGUUUGUGUGAUGCGUGAUCUGAAGGUAUGUAUGGAGUGGUGUCUGGGUCACACAGUAUGUAGGCCGGCUUGACUCGGUCUAUCGAUACCGUGACUCGUUUACCCCUAACCAAGAUAGUGAAUGCCUUAUUAUCUCGCUGAAGUACCUCAUAUGGUCCGGAAUAUGCAGGUUUCAAGGUACCACCUACCGUGCAAUCACGCAAGAAUACGUGAGUGCAAGUGGUUAAUUCCUUGAAAACGAAUGUUGGACGUUUUCCACCAUGACGAGAGGCUGGUGAGGGCUUCAGGCUUUGGACUAUAUUCCGAAGUCUUGAAGUGAAUUCUGUCAAGUCUAAGGGACAGUCAGUCUCAGAAUCAAAAAAGUCACCUGGCAGACGCAACGAUUCGCCAUACACCAUUUCUGCUGAGGUAGUUCGUAAGUCGUCCUUGAACGCGCUCCGGACACCCAGCAAUACAAGAGGGAGAGACUCGAU